GGGCGGGGCCUGCGCGGGGGCGGCCAAUGGGAGCCGCGCCCGGUGGGGCCCGCCCACGGGCCGCGCCGGCUGCAUAAAGAGCCGCGGCACUGGCUCGGCGCAGAGCAGCGAGCUCAUCCUCCAGCAUCGCCGGGUGGGAUCGCGCCAGCCGCCAGCAGCCAGCCGCCAGCCGCGACCGGGCCGGAGCCUAGCCGCCGCCGCCUCCCGUCGGGACCCCCUCGCCUCGCCCGCCGUCCCCAGUGCAACCAUGGAGCUGGACCGCAUGACCAGCGGCGGCCUCCACGCCUACCCCGGGCUGCGGGGCGGGCCGGCAGCCAAGCCCAAUGUGAUCCUGCAGAUCGGCAAGUGCCGCGCCGAGAUGCUGGAACACGUGCGCCGGACCCACCGCCACCUGCUGACCGAGGUGUCCAAGCAGGUGGAGCGCGAACUAAAGGGGCUGCACCGCUCGGUGGGCAAGCUGGAGAACAACCUGGACGGCUACGUGCCCACCGGCGACUCGCAGCGCUGGAAGAAGUCCAUCAAAGCCUGCUUGAGCCGCUGUCAGGAGACCAUCGCCAACCUGGAGCGCUGGGUCAAGCGCGAGAUUCACGUGUGGAGGGAGGUCUUCUACCGGCUGGAGCGCUGGGCCGACCGCCUGGAGGCCGGGGGCGGCAAGUAUCCGGUGGGCAGUGAGGCCGCCCACCACUCGGUGUCUGUGGGCGUGGGGGGUCCCGAGGGCUACUGCCACGGUGCCUACGACUACACGGUGAGCCCCUAUGCCAUCACCCCGCCGCCCACUGGGGAGCUGCCAGGCCAGGAGCAGGCGGAUGAGGAGCAGUGGGGCCCAGGGGAGGACGGGCAGCUGAGCCCUGGCGUGGACACCCAGAUCUUCGAGGACCCUCGAGAGUUCCUCAGCCACCUGGAGGAGUACCUGCGGCAGGUGGGCGGCUCCGAGGAGUACUGGCUGUCCCAGAUCCAGAACCACAUGAACGGGCCGGCCAAGAAGUGGUGGGAAUUCAAGCAGGGCUCAGUGAAGAAUUGGGUGGAGUUCAAGAAGGAGUUCCUGCAGUACAGUGAGGGCACGCUAUCCCGAGAGGCCAUCCAGCGCCAACUGGACCUGCCGCAGAAGCAGGGUGAGCCGCUGGACCAGUUCCUGUGGCGCAAACGCGACCUGUACCAGACGCUGCACGUGGACGCCGAGGAGGAGGAGAUCAUCCAGUACGUGGUGGGCACGCUGCAGCCCAAGCUCAAGCGCUUCCUGCGCCACCCACUGCCCAAGACGCUGGAGCAGCUGAUCCAGAGGGGCAUGGAGGUGCAGGACGGGCUGGAGCAGGCGGCCGAGCCCCCUGAGGAUGAGGCUGAUGCAGAUGCAGAUGCCCUCACGCCAGCCCUCACCAGUGACUCCGUAGCCAGCGACCGGACCCAGCCCGAGUAAGGGGCAGUGGGGCCCGGCCUGUGCACCACAGCCCGCCAUGGCCUUUUCCAGGCAGGACUUUUGAGCUGGGCUGACUCCUGCUCAUCCACCUCAACACCCCCCUGACCCGCUCACACACACAAAAACACACAGACACACACACACACACACACACCUCUCAGGCAGACGGGAGCUGCCCCCACACCCCCUGUACCCCUGGCCCUGCCCACCUGUCUGUCUUCCGAGGCCGGCGACUCCAUCCUCACUCAGGCCACACCAGCACCCCCUAGUCGCCUCGUUCAGCUCAGUGCCUGGACCUCUGGGCACCCAGAAACCCAGAGUCCAGAUGACACGGGCCAGCAGGCACCCCACUCACGGUACACCGCAGAGCAGAGCCGAGGCAGAAAUAGCACCACGGGAACCUCGCUUCCGGCUGCUGUCCUCUCCCGCAGUCGUCGCCGAGCGGCUGGCAUCCUUGCCGCUGCCGCCGCUGCCAGGGCAGCUGGCCAACGUGGGGCAGUGCCGCUCCCCUCCGGGUAGAGCAGGGCACAGACACAGCAGCAGAUGCAGAUGCAGCCCUGGCUGCCAACAACGCCUCUUUCAGCAGUGAAUCAGAUGCCUGCAGACGGCUCCACACGAUGACUCACCGGCCCCACAGGCCGGGGGCCCUCUAUGCCAGUCCAACUUGGCUGAGGCUGAGAGACACGACAGGUCCACAGGCCCACAGAGCCGCUGCUGAGUGCUCACCCCAUGCAAGCUGCUGCACCCGAGAAGCCAGAGGUGUGCAGAGGGCUCCCCCACUGAGACAGGCGUGAGAGCCAGGGCGCUGUUGCCUGCCUGCCGCCAGCCUGCCGCCAGCCUGCCUGCCAUGGCCACGAGCUGGAAUGGGGGUCACUUCCUGUCUCUCCCAAGGCAGCCCCCACACAGCUGGGGGUACAUCUUAUCCUGCCAGAGCCCUCCUGGAGACCCCACACAGCCUUAGGGGUCCCAGAAAUCUCUGCUCUGUUGCUCAUGCAGGAGCCCCAGUAGCUAUGCAGCUACCGGGCCUGGAACCUGCCUUGCCAGACCCCACAUCCCAAUGCUGGAAACUGCUCUCGCCUGCAGCCGGGCCUAGGCUGGGGCCCCUUUCUACCUGUUCACUGGAGGUCCCAGGUUUGGGGCACCAUAACCGCAGGUGACUGAUGGGCCACUCUGCCCUACACCUCUGACAAUCCCCCCCACCAAUUUUAUUUUUGCACAUGAAGCCAUAACCCAGGUCUCCUACCUGGCCGUCUUCACGGGGCUGAGGGGGGUCUCACAACUGUGGCCAGUGCCCCCCCCCCAUGGUGCCCUCUAACCAAGCACUGAGUGUCAGCUCCCGGCUCCUACUCCUUCUCUGAAGACAGACUCUUUUAUAAGGAUUUGUUAAUAAAACAUGGAAACUUCUGGAA